UUCUGAAUCUGAAUCUCCCGCCUCGGACUCUAUAAAUUGUGCUGUGCACCACUUCCUGUUGCAGAAGCUACGGACUUUUAAAGAAGUUUCACAGGAGUUUUCGAAGUUAGCAAAAGGUGAGAAAAUUUGUUCUAUCAACGCAACUUUAUCCUGCUACACUUUGCUUUUAUUUAUUAUCCUCACUUUGUUUCUUCUAUUGUUGUUUUAGGAGCUUUCGAUGAUGGAAAUAUCCAUUGUAAUGAUGAACGGCGAUCGCCAUUCUCUGACGGUGAACCCUCAAGACACCGUGGGGUCUCUGAAGAGACUGAUCCAGGAGAAGCUCAGGUUUCCCUGUGAGGAGCAAAGGCUGGUCUUUGAGAACGGGGACAAGACGUUUCUCAACGAUGACAACAAGACCCUGAGAGAUUACUCCCUUCACUCCGGCUCCCAGGUCAUUCUGCUGAUCACCAAACCACAGGUGUUUGUCAGGAACGAGAAGGGAAAUACGAAAACCUACGACAUAACGAAGGAUGAGACUGUGGACAUGUUAAAGAGAAAAGUCGAGAAAGUGGAGGGGGUCGCUGUGAGCCAGCAGAGGUUGAUUUUUCAGGGCAGAGAUAUGACAAGCGGGAAACUCUCCGACUACAACGUUAAAGAUCAGAGUACUAUCCAGAUGGUGAUGCGCCUGAGAGGAGGCUGA